GUUUUCUAUGGCGGGUUGGUUGUUACCUUGGGGACUUGUCCUCCGUUGAUGUUUCGCGUGUCAUUUCUAUCAUGUUGGAUAACAUCGAGAGGCUAGACCCACAAUGUGGAGAUCCUAACUCUUCGAAAAAAGAUGCGUCCGAUCUGGUUUCAGAUGCCCGGAAAGCAAGAAAAGCUGUUUUUAGACGUACAAUUGAUUACAAUGCUUCUGCCAUCAACUACCUUCAAAACAGAAUUUGGAUUUCGAGGGAUUCAGAUCGUCCAAUGCUCCAGCCAGACUACCUUUGGAGUCCAAAGGUAAGGUGAAUCAAAAGUAAAUCAGUACGUUAGCUUUGUCCUCCGAGAAGCUAUAUGGAUUCCCCAAUGAAUUGUGUCAUGUCAAAACCUGUUCGAACAUCAACUAAUAAAAAUAAGUGCCCGAUAUAUUGCGUCUGUGUAAGUUGCUUAUUUCUUUUAUUGUACCUAAGUGGACUCCUGAAGGUAGGCGGUUAAUAACUGGGGCUUUCAGUGGUGAAUUCACGUUAUGGAAUGGCUUGACAUUUAAUUUCGAAACAAUCUUACAAGCCCAUGAAUCGCAAAUACGUUGUAUGAAAUGGUCCCACAACGAGGAGUGGUUACUCACAGCCGAUCAUUCUGGAUAUGUAAAGUAUUGGCAAGCUAAUAUGAACAACGUUGAAAUGUACCAAGCACAUAAAGAACCGAUUCGUGGCGUAAGUUUCUGCCCGUUCGACAAUAAAUUCGUUACCUGCAGUGAUGAUUCUACUGUGCGUGUUUGGGAUUUUCAUCGUUGUGCUGAAGAGCGUGUGCUCCGAGGUCAUGGAUCUGAUGUUCGUAGUGUAGCAUGGCAUCCUAUUCAAUCUCUUGUUAUAUCCGGUAGUAAAGAUGCACAACAGCCUAUAAAAUUAUGGGAUCCUAAAACCGGUGAACCUGUAUCUACAUUGUAUGCACAUAAAAACACUUGUACAGAUGUUUCUUGGAAUGAUAAUGGUAAUUGGUUUUUAACAGCGUCUAGAGAUCAUUUAAUCAAAUUGUUUGAUUUACGUAAUCUUAAAACAGAGUUACAAACAUUUCGUGGUCAUAAACGUGAUGUAAUGCGUGUUGCAUGGCAUCCAUUCCAUGAAUGUUUAUUUGCAAGUGGUAGUGCUGAUGGAGCUAUAUUCUAUUGGCUUGCUGGAAUGGAUACAGAACUUGGAGCUGUAGACAAUGCUCAUGAAAGUAUGAUUUGGAGUCUUGCAUGGCAUCCAUUCGGUCAUAUUUUAGUGUCUGGAGCUAAUGAUUUUGCUACAAAAUUCUGGACACGCAAUCGACCUGGUGAUGUACUUAAAGAUCCAAUUAGUGCAGUUGGUGCAGAAAAUAUUAUUCAGUCGACUGGUACAACUAAUUUAUUUGGCGAUACAGAUAUUAUUGACAAUUCAUUUAAUAUUGAUUUACUUAAAGUGCUUGCAGAUGCACCAAAUCUAUCAAACUCCUCCAGUCGAAUAGAUACACUUGAUGAUGUUGCAUUUGCUACUAUACCAAAUGAUGAAUUGAAUUCACUUGAAAUACCAGGACUUAAUGAAGGCCCAGUAACCGAUUUAAAUGCCCCGGAUACUGAUGAUGCUGAUGAACGGGAGAAAAAUAAACUACGUAAUAUUAGAACUAUACCUAAAGAAUUUGCUGCUAACUGGGCGAGUACACGAAUCACAACAGCAAUGCCAAGUGUAAUGAUGCCUACACCGAAUCCAACAGCAAUAGCCGCAGCUGCAGCAGCAGUCGCUGCUGUUAACAGUCUGAACGCUACACCUCAAUACUUACCACCUGUUAAACCUCCAGCUUUAAAUAAAGAAAGAUUAAAUCAAAAGUCUGUACCAACAAAUAAUUCUGCAAAAACAACAGAACUAAAUGUAGACACGAAUCAAGGUAUGGAAAACAGCAGUACUAAUGAUCCUCCAAACAACCAAAUACAACUGUUUGACGAACAACAAAAACAACAACAGCCCCCUGUGAAUGAGAUGAUGAUCAAUGGUACUCCAAAUCAUCAUCAUCAACACGAUCAGUCACAUUUCUCGGAUUCAAUACCGCAAAAAAGUAUGGAGCAAAAUCCACCUCUCCCAGAAAAAAAUGUAGAUAUACGAAGUAACUUAAAUCCACCAGUUGAUUGGAAUCAGCGAACUGAAGAACCUCCGCAGGCUGAACAUAAUAUACCACCACAUAAAGGACAGCCGAACAAUUUAUAUCGCGAACCGUUUAGUGAACCUCCACAACCAUAUGUUAACCAAGAACGUUUUGUAGAUCCGAAACCAUUUCCUAAACACAAAGAAGAUAGAGACUAUAGGGAUUAUGAACGUGGUGAACAAUACAAUCGACCAGUCCCUCCAAAUGAUCCUUACUAUAACGGACCUCCUAGUAAUUAUGCUAGUGGUCCAUCUCAUGGACCCAUGGGUCGCAACGCUCCUCCUAAUGAGCAAAUGCAUCCGGGAGAAAGAGGUCGACCGUAUUCUCCAGGCAUGGACAGACAUCCAUAUGAUCGGAGAGGCGACAGACCUCCACCACCAGUGAGACAGAACUAUGAUGAUGACAACUGGAAUAGACGAUGGCCAGAUAAUAGAAAGGCACCUGACAGGUAUGACUACCCACGUGGACCACCACCACCACCACCUAGAUGUCCUCCACGAGAACCUAGACCACAACAUCCAGAUUUCUUUCCAGAUGCUCAUCAUCCACCACCACCUCCUCCUCCUAAUCAUAUUCCUCCACAAAAACGCCCGCACCCUCCAGGGCCUGGUGGCCAACCCCCUGAUCAUAUGAGAAAAUACCCUCGACAGGAUCAUCCCCGGAAUAAACCACCGUGGACUGGACAUAGUCGGUGGUAGUUAGAUAUUAUCACAUCCUUUUGUACAGUCUGAACAGCAGAAAUGCUGUAUUUCCCUAUUCACAUAUUUCUACAUCAUUAAUAAAUGUUUUAUACUGAGUAACUUUAUGUAUAUUAUCAUUUGAAACUACAGAAAAAAAUCUAAAAUUCCUAAUAUAUCCACAGUCUGAAGGCAAAUUUUAUGCACAGAGUGUGAAGAUGUAUUUAUGAAAUAAAUUACCUUAUGAU